GUCUCCAAAAUUCCCACCAUCUCCCCUUUUUGGUCAGCGUUUCCCGAAAACGCCCCCAAACCCCUCCCUCCAUUUUCUUGCUCGAUUUUCUUGGGAAACAAACAGAAAAUCAGCUGAGAAAAUCAGACACAAGUGCACUACAUCGUCGCUUGCUUUCUCCGAUCGAAUUUCCCGAGCUGAGGUGGAAAAAUUUAGAUGGAUUUAGCUCCCUAUGCAUCACUUACCUCGAUUAUUCUCUCAUAGCAAGGGAACGAAAGCUAUGGAUCCGAAGAAGAACCGCCGGAAGCCGAGGCUCGAGCGCCGCAAUGCGGCGAAGCACAUUGACUACGACGCUGCCUCGACUUCGUCCUCACUCGACAACUCGUCGUCGUCGGCGUCGCUCUACACGCGCUCGUUCGACCUGGACCGGACGAGCUUCCGGGUCGAGGGGAACGAGGGCGAUAUGGAGCGGAUAUACAAGACCUUGGGCCUCGGACCCGACGACUUCUCGAUAUCGGAGGAGGACUGGGUGGCCCGGAAGAUCCGCUCGUCUUCAGACCGUCUCCCGAUCUCCAGAUUGUACGGGUUGGAUAGUCUGGAUAGUCCGAAACCUGACGUAUUGAGGGAAGAAGUGGCUGAGUUGUCCGGUAGAGUUAGGGCUGUUACUGUUGCUGCAACUGAGUUGACUCGGGCUGACUCGGCCGUUCCCAGCGGGUGUUAUAAUGCUGCUGCUGCUGCAGCUGCUACUUCUGUUUCAGCUGGGGUUUGUGUUGGGAUCAAGGGUGUGCGGCCGCCGGUGCUCAAGCCGCCGCCGUCGAUGAGGGUUCCGGUGAUCGACGACGGAUGCUCGACUUGGGACAUUCUGAGGGAUUUCGCGCCAGAAGGCGCAGGAAACCCUGUGGGAAAAAGGAUUGAUUCUUCUUCUGCAGCUUCCUCUUCUGAUGAAAAAGAAGAAGAAGAAGAAGAAGAAGAAGAAGAAGGAGAGGUUGGAGAGGAGGGUGCUGUGGAGAUUGAGAUUAGAGAUACUGUGCCGGUCUCUGAAGGGUGUUCAUUUACGACGUCGAAUGAUGAUGAUUCUUCCAGCACCACCACUGUUUCUCCGAAUGAGAGAAUUUCGCCGAAUGGGAGGCUGAAGCUUAUUAUCACUCACUGGGAGAAGGGUGACCUUCUUGGCAGUGGGUCUUUCGGGUCGGUGUAUGAAGCAAUUUCUGAUGGCGGAUGCUUCAUUGCUGUCAAGGAAGUUUCGUUGCUUGAUAAAGGAAGUCAGGGAAAGCAAAGAGUUUAUCAACUUGAACAGGAGAUUGCUCUUUUGAGUCAGUUUGAACAUCAUAACAUAGUUCAAUAUUAUGGCACCCAAAAGGAUGAAUCAAACCUUUAUAUCUUUCUGGAGCUUGUAGCUAAAGGUUCCCUUCAAAAACUCUAUCAGACAUAUCAUCUUACAGAUUCUCAUGUAUCUGAAUACACAAGACAGAUCCUGCAUGGACUGAAGUAUCUUCAUGACCGAAAAGUGGUUCACAGGGACAUUAAAUGUGCAAACAUUUUGGUGCAUGCAAAUGGAUCUGUGAAGCUUGCAGAUUUUGGAUUGGCAAAGACUAUCCAAAAUAUGAAUGACAUUAAAUCUUGCCAGGGGACUGCAUUCUGGAUGGCUCCAGAGGUUGUUAACCGAAAGAGCCAAGGUUAUGGGCUUCCAGCUGAUAUAUGGAGCCUUGGAUGCACUGUGUUGGAGAUGUUAACCGGGCGGGUUCCAUACUCUAAUCUUGAAUGGAUGCAAGCAUUAUUUAAGAUUGGUAAGGGGGAGCCCCCUCAGAUUCCUGAUUCUCUUUCAAAGGAUGCACAAGAUUUCAUCAAUCAAUGCCUACAAGUUGAUCCAAAAAAACGUCCCACUGCUGCUCAGCUCUUAAUUCAUCCAUUUCUUAAGAGACCCCUCCCACGUCUUCUGGAUCAGCAUCUCCUUAUCAUCACCGGGGGCCCAGCUGAAAAUAUUUGUUCAGAUAUAAGUUGUGAUAUAAGGACAUUUAAUCCACGUUCCGUAACUUGCUCCGGUAUCCAGUGUUCAGCCAUCAAAUAUUGGCUUACGCUAGUAGAGUGCAUGUGCGUUCAUCAAUUUUCAAGGUCGUCGCAGGAUCUGCUAACCCCCUUCGGGUGCACACCUCCUUACUCUGAAAAUCUUUCACCGUGGAGCGAGCAGUCUAGUAAGAAAUUAUUCAAGCGUAUUCGUCUGUUGUAGGAUGUGAUUUUCUUUUGCCCUUAUUUAGAUAGGUGUUUGAUGUCUCUGUGUUUUCUCCUUCUAGUUCCAAAGUAAGUUAUUCAGUAAGUUGUUGUAGUUAGAUGUGUAAGAAAUGGAAAGGAAUCGCAAUGUGUAUAUAAUUUGUUAUCGAUGGUGUUGCAAUUGGAAGGCGUAUAUAAUUUGUCA